AUGUUAAAAGUACACUCUGCACGAAAAGCAUUGCUUUUUGCAGUGGCUCUUUUGGGAACACUUUUUGUAAGCGUUCAACUCUUCAAGGGCAAAAGCACAUCGUUGGAUGAAAUGCUGAAGAAAGUUCCGCAACUAUAUGGUAACAACGAAAAAGGAGACCUCUUUUCUGAACUGGUUCGAGACAGAAAGAAUUCGGAAACGGGUAAAGAGCAGAAAAACGAGAUUGGAGCAAAAGGAUUGGCUGCUCUUGGAUUUACGUACAAACGGCAAGAUGAGGAGACUGAGAUGAUCAAGAAGUUGAGCGAGAUGACGCAGAAGUUGGUGGAUGAUCAAGAAAAACGUAUUAACAGACUUGAAAAAGAGCGUCAAGGGUUGGAAAGACAGCUUGAGAGACUGAGAAGACCAAGUGAUGAACUCUCGUUGCGUGAAAAACUCUCAUUCUUGUAUCCGUUCGACCCGAACGCAAAGUUCCCCGGCUAUAUAUGGCAAAGUUGGAAGUACGGACUGAACGAUGAAAGAUUUGGAGACGAGUAUUCAAAGUGUCAAAGCAAAUGGCCUGGCAAGAAUCCAGGCUUUGUCCACGAGAUUUUCAACGAUGAUACAUCGAGUGCUUUUAUCCAUUUCUUAUAUUUGAACGUGCCGGAUGUGACCGAGGCAUUUGACGCACUUCCAAACGCGGUUCUAAAAGUGGAAUUUUUCCGGUACCUCAUUCUAUAUGCCAAAGGUGGUGUGUGGGCUGAUAUUGACACGUAUCCGGUUCGGCCGAUCCCAAAUUGGAUACCGGAGAAUGUCGAACCAUCAGAAUUGGGAAUGAUUAUCGGUGUUGACUACGAUGUUGAAGGAGAAGCAUCUGAGGACUGGAGAAACACCCGUGCACGCAAAUUUCAGUUUGCAACCGGUGUGAUGCAGGCCAAACCGGGCCAUCCGAUUUUGCGGGAGGUCAUUGCAGCGAUUACAGAGGAGACACUACAGAAAAAACGAAUCCACCAGCUUCAACUUCCAGAAAGUGGUCGUGAUAUUGCUCUGAUGGAGUGGACAGGUGAGGGAGUGUUUACGGACAUCAGUCUUCGAUUUUUCAACGACUAUGUUCUGAGUGGAGUCUUCAGCAAGGUCACAUGGAAGGAUUUCCAUGAGUUGGAAGUGCCCAAAUUGGUUUCGGAUGUGCUUGUCAUGCCAAAAAAGGCACUUAUGUCUCCGUUCAUGGAGAAUUUCGACGACAACGAGGACGAGUCGGAUCCAAUGGUGAUGGUUCGCCAUAGGCACGCCAAAAUAUACAAGGAGUCGUGGUAG